AUGACUACAAUUCAACCGAUCAACUACCCCGUAUUAAAAGCUCUUCUUGAAAAUCUAUCAAUUGACAAACGGUAAGUUACAUAGGCAAUAAGUUCGAAACAUUUUUUGUUUUCGUUUUCAGCGACGAAAUCGCGUACCACUGCCCAGGCGUCCGUAAUUCCAACAGAACCGUUCCGCACCGAAUCGAAAAAGUGUUCUUUGACCGUGUCACUUUUCGUAUCAACGACCGUGAAUGGGUGUUCAAGACUCAUCAAGAGUGCGUCAGUGGACAACCGGACUCGUCCGAUUCCGAAGAAGAAGAUCAAGAUCAAUGGAAUGAGGAUCCAGUGGAAUCCAGGGAAAAUGUAGUGUACCCGGGGGAUGUUGUGAUUGCCGACGCACCCCUCCGGACGAACGAACUUUGGAUCGCUCGUCCUCCGGAGCCUCCAGCUGUUCUCGAUGAGCCGGUUGCUCUGCCUCCCCUGACCGUCGUGAACUUUCUCCGAAGACUGACUCAACCACCGCCACGUCCAGAGCCCGUAUACACGUAUCAGGUGGAAGUUCACUACAAAUCCAACCUCGGCGCCUUUGUAAAACUCUUGCCAGUUGGCAUCAAGAAGCGUGACGUCAUGAAGAAGCUAAUUAACGAAUAUUUGGGAGGAAAAGCGGUUUACCAUGUGAAAAGUCUUGCCGUUCACCAGCAAAAUGGAAUAGUGCGGCUGCCAGAGAGGUUGAAGAUGGAAAUUGAAGAGUUGAGUCUGAGGCUGAACGGAAAUGAGAUUCUAAAAUCGUUUGCACCGGUUCUCGAACGUUCCAGCUUGCCAUUGGAUCGAAUGAGCAUUUUUCUACACGAUGCUCGUGAUCCGAUGCUUCAGACUGAAUGGGUAAUUGAUUGUUGCGGACCUUCCGUCAUACAAUAUCCUGUUUCAGCUACGCACAUCCAAAAUGUUGAUUAUCGAAAAGCCCGGGACGUCUUUGGCUCACCCUUCUCUGCUUCCCGCCAUUCUUGAGCUCACAAACACGCACAUUCAUCUGAAUUUCAGAAAUUUCACAGAAAACGACACUAUUUCAGUCAUUCAGGUGGCGUUUUAAGGUCACUGAGAUAAUGACGUUUGUUUUUUCUAGAGUUUUCUCACGGCUCAUCGUCCGAUCGGCUCCGUGAUCACACUUGUCGUCGACGAUUGCCAACAAUUUCUUGUGACCAAUUUGGAACUGAUGAAGCAGCUAUUUGGAGCAAUUCCGAGCACUCUGGAUUUCGAGUAAAGACUUGGCCAUGAAGUUGUAAAGUACCUAAUAGACUUAUAUUUCAGAGGCAAUUGCCCUUGCGCCACUAUUUCCAUGUACGACGGCGCCGAGUUGAACAUUUUUGGAAAGAGUUCGGUACAAAAAUCGCGGUCCCGACUGAUGGAUUUGUGGAUUGAAGUGAUGCCGGAAGGAUCGUCGGUGCCCAGAAACCUAACUAACGAAGUGUGA